AUGACAAAUAUCUCAUAUAUCAAAGGUGUUAAAACUAGGUUUUGUAAUGUUCUAGAAAGAGAAAUUAGUGUAGCCAAGGAUUUACUUACGUGUAUUGUUGAGAAUGACGAAGAGGAAGAAAUGGAAUUAAAAAUCUCAAAGUGCAUGGAAAAGCUUACUUCUUUUAUUGCAAAAAGUGGAAGUUCAAAAUUCAACUACUUAAAAACAAAGUUGUUUGGCGAAGCUAAAUUUGCUAUAGCAGGUCGAGCACUCUCAAACGAAAACUUCAAAGUAGCAGUGGAUAUACUAUUAAAGAGAUUUGGUAAUUCUCAAGAAAUCAUUGAUUUACACUACAAUGAAUUGAUAAACAUGCAACCUGCUUCAAAUAAAGUUGAGUCCUUUAGGUGUCUUUCAGAUAAAGUGGAGAGACAUUUGCGAAGCUUAGAAGUUUUGAAACAAAAUGUGGAUCAAGAUAUCUUUGUGUCCAUAUUACGGUCAAAACUGCCGGAGGAUGUUCUUAUUCAGCUUGAAAUUCAGAAAGGAGUAGACGUUAAGUGGACUGUGACUAGAUUAAAUAAACAAUUACAAGAGUACUUGGUUGCUCGUGAACGUGCUGUUAAAGAAAAGGUGAAGGAUACAAAAAGCAAAACAGAAGGUCAUGAACGAAAUACAUCAUUAAAUAAACUGCCACAGGAGAGAUAUUCUUCUACCAGAAAUGGUGUUACAAACAUGAAAUCAUCGGCAACGGCGUUGGUUACUACAGUUGCCAAUGCCGUAAAGAAACCUUACGAUACCAAAAUGCAGUGUCGUUACUGUCAGAAAGCACAUUGGAGUGAUGAGUGUAAUCAAUACAAAACUAUACGCGAAAGAAAAGAUCGUGUAAAAGGAAGUUAUUUAAAUGUCUGA